AUGUACUUCUCCACCACCACCUUCACCCUCGCCGCCCUCUUCGGCCUCUCCCACGCCGCCCCCUCCCCCUCCCCCGACGACAACGAUUACAUCCCGGGCAACUGCGGCGUGCACGUGACGCAGUGGCAGAAGAACGAGAACGGCGUCGAGGGCGACUACCAGUUCGACUUCAGGAUCGCGGACGGCGGCGGCAACACCGCCGGCCAGCGCACCGGCGUCGCGAUCCCCGACUACCAGAGCACGAGCGUCCCGAGCGUCCCGCCCUACCUGCUCACCGUCGGCGUCGGCGCCGUCGACAGCGACCCCCUGCAGUUCGCGUACGCCGGCCAGAAGUUCUCCAGCUCCGAUGGCUGCAGCACCGGCAAGUACGACGGGGGAAAGCGCGAGAUGGACUGCGGGUUUGGCUGCUAG